AUGGCAAAAUUCUAUGAUAACAGACACAGGCAAGUAAAAGCAGAAUCGAAUCGACAAGAGAAGAGUAUCGCAACUUUUAGGUCUUGGGAACGAAAACGUGACGAUUUAAUAGUGGUUUGUGUAUGGUUGGUGAUGCUAUCGUAUGCGUUGAUAUCGAAUAUCUUAAUUUUGAUCGGUAUCGCACGCAGCUCAACAAUGCGUUCGGCAACAAGUUAUUGGUUCAUCAUCUCGUUAGCCGUAUGCGAUAUUGUAAUGACAGUAAUAAGCUUGUUUCAUUUGGUGCCAGCAACUGCGUUUCAUAGUGCCUUCUUGGAGUUUCAUUCAACACGCAAUAUUCUCAUGAUAUUUUUCUAUGAUUUAUUCUGGUAUACAGCCGUACUUCAACUUGGCUUGAUGGCUUGUAAUAGGUUUGUAAGUAUCGUAUAUCCAAUGGAAUAUAAAUGGUUAUUUUCAAGGAAUAAAUCGUUACUGAUCAUUUUUUUCGGUUAUUUACUUGGUUUUUGUGUCUCAUUACCGUCGCUGUUUCCGUGUUGUCAUACCUUAUGGAACUCAGAUUAUUAUAUUACUGUUUAUGAUCCAAUGGAUACGUGGUAUAAGUAUGUGGAUAUGAGUGUGAACAGUCUAUCGUUAAUACUGAUGAUCAUUUCGUAUGCAGUAAUCAUUUAUAAAGUUCGUGAGAGUGGUCGGGCUAUGGCCAAAUAUCAGUUGACGAUUCGAUCAAGGCAACGUUCAACAACGCACUGCAGUACAGAAAGUGACGAGAUAUCGCGUGCUAAUAGCCUGAGACCACCGAGAAGUCAAGUGAGCAAAAAAGAAAUGCGACUCUUCAUACAGUUUUUCCUGGUCUCUGUAGUGUUCCUGUUGACGUGGACCACAUGGCAAUGGCUACCACAUAUGUCCGAAUCAAAAUGGGCGUAUUUUGUGAUGACUUCACUUUUUUUCAUCAACAACUCGGUGAAUCCGACGGUUUAUCUCCUUUAUAAUACUCAACUUCGUCGUGAACUACGUUACGUGUUGUGUCGCAAUGGUACAGUGGUGAUGAGCCAUCACCGUCACAAGCGUGCUGCCGCUCUAUUGAGUGACAGCGACAAGAAAAGAAGUGGCACGUCUAAAAACAAGAAACUGAGCAAAAUGGGAACCAAAAACGUAGCUGCCACAGCCACUAAUGAUAAUACGACUAGCAGUAAUAGCAUCAGUAAUAAUAAUAAUAAUAAUGUUAAUAUUAAUAGUAAUGCGAAUACAAAAGCAAAUAAUGAUAAUAAUAAUGUGCUGAUGAAUGAUGAUGCAGACAAGAAGAGCUGUAAUGCUAAUAACACUCAGUGGAUGAGUGAUAAGAGUGAAUGUGUUGUGGGCAGUAACAGUCAAGCACUGAUGCUGAAUACCCAACUGUAUUAUAUUGAUAAUAAUGGCAUUAAACAAGCAGAAGAUGCGACGAGAGAGUGUGUGCAACAGGAUGAUGAAAAUAAGGGGAGUUGUAGGACUUUAAAUGAGGCUGAAGAAGCGGCGGGCAGGUGUAUUGACGAGGAAGGUAAUGGUAAUUGGGUUGGUGACUUGAACUGGGGGUUCGGUGGAGAGGAGCAGCAGCAGCAGCAUGAGGGUGAAGCAGCAGCCGAGGUUCCAGAGAUCACAGCUAAAGGAGAACAGGCUCGAACUACUCAGACUGCUGCAACAGUUUGCUCUUCGUCGCGCACCUCAUCGUCAGAAAGCUCCUCAAGUGCCACAACAGCAGCAGCAGCCACAGUACAAACGACAAGUAGUGAUGGUACCGGAAGUUGUAUCAUUUUGGGUGGUACCGAAAAUGAGAGCAGCACCGUAGCAACGAGCCAACAACAAACUACAUGCUCACCAUCACUGCCCCGGCCUCCUACUACUACUCUAUCGAUGGUGAUCGCUGGAUCAAUGCCGCCCUCAGCAGCUGAUAAUAAAGUGCUCGUUAGUAAUAGAACUGCAACAGCAAUAAAAAGUGUUGAUGAGUUAGAGACAUGUCCUCCGGCAACGAGUGCUGCGAAUGCUACUAAUUCUAAUAGUAAUAGUGAUAAUGCAGCUAGUCAUUUUGGCGCAACAACAACAACCAUUAUGCUCACUGCAGAUCAGCAACAAAUUCAGCAAAAGUUAGCAGCGUCCCAAAACGCUGAGAAUUUCCAAGCGCCAGCAGCACAAGGCAAGAUGAUCUCGUCAUCGCCGCCAGUUGGCUUGUCGAAUAAGUCGCAACCGUAUCGUUUUUGUAAGCGUUUGAUUGUUGAAAAUGGUGUUACGCUGAUUGCAAAAAGCGAUAUUAGUGAGGUUUAG